GUCGCUUCCUCGCCCUGGCUCUUCACACCGGCAACAGAUCUCUACCUGUUGCGCGCCCACCAUUUUCAAGUCCGCCAUCGCUGCCCUUCAUGGAUCGCGCCGGCUCGUUCGCAAUCUCCGGAUAUCAGCACGUUUACAUCUGACCUCGCGCACUGUGGUCACCACCGACCGGGUUAUAGGCGCUCUAUGACGAGCGCCAUUCUCUAACAUGGAACCCACAGGCGAUCAGGCCCUUGCCAAGGCCAAUGCUCUCGAGCAAGAAUUCACCCACACGCUGCAGGCUGCCGAAUCUGCCUUGGAUACUGUGUUUCUAGUCUUGCAGCAAUACCGCGCGGCGGCCGCGCAUGCUCUCGCUACUGACUUUAUGUCUGCACGCGCCGGAGAUGUUGAAGUACGCCUUUGGAACGCUCACAAUCGCCUGAACGUCCGCCUGCGCAAGCAGCUUAGUAAGCUGCGCAAGGACCGCUCUAGCAAGCCCGUGGAGACGCGCAAGUUCAUCAAGACCUACCUCGAGUUCCUAAAGGACAGCCAACGCUUCUAUAGAGACUACAUUCAGAAGCUGAAUGCCAGAUUUGGCGGCAUCCAAGACCUGGAGCGCAUCGCUCGCCGAGUCAGAUCCGAUCCUGUGCCAAAGUCCUCGAAGAGACCUUUGUCUUCCCACGUUCAAGCCGCCGUUAUCCUAUCCUGUCACCAAACCUUGAUUUACCUUGGCGAUCUGUUUCGCUACCGCGCUGCUGAGAGGCUCGACAAAGAACCCGACUGGGGCCCAGCUAUUGGCUACUAUGCUCUGGCUGCGUCCCUGCGCCCCGACUCUGGACUCGCUUUUCACCAACAAUCUGUGGUUGCCUUUGAGCAAGGCGACUAUCUACGUUCUACAUACUACCUUUACCGUUCCAUCAACGUGGUUGAACCCCACCCAAAUGCCAUUCCAAAUCUGGAAUUGCAGUUCAAGAAGAUCACUACCGGGUGGCAGAAGGGCGAUCUGGUGCCCAAGCACUCUCCUAAGGAUCAGGUCGCUUCCCGUAAGGCUCUGCUAUCUUGGUUCAUUCGUUUCCACAGCCUUAGCUACAAUGGUCAGUUGUUCCCUGGCUACGACGAGCUCGAGCGUGAAGUUCUGAGCCGCACGAUUACCGAGAUAAAAGGACGUACACUGGAUGGCGUUCUGUCCAAAAUGAGUCUGAUCAACUUCUGCGCUCAGGCCACAGCUGGCAAUCAAUUCGAAAGCAAGCCUGAUCAACACAAGUUCAUGCAGUCGUAUUUCUUCUUCCUACGACUCAACGUGAAAUUCUUCACAGCGAUCCUGCAGACUUAUCAUGAUGAUCUCGGAGAGCAUAUUCAGGAGCACACUACAACUUCGGAUCUUACCGACAGAAUCACGGAUGUGGCACGGCAUGUUCUGCCUGCUCUACGUCUCUACAGUACUUGGCUGCUCAGUAACGCUCACAUAGUUACAGCACGCGUUGGCGACGGACCUAUUCAAGAAGCCAUGGAUCGUUUCUGGCACGUAUAUGCCAGAACCCUGUCUGCUGUGGCGUCGAGCUUCUCGUUCAGAGAGCUCAGCGAAGUUCCAUACCAGCUUGAGGAAGACGUCAAUGCCUAUGGCCUUAGACCCCUAAACUCUGACAGAUCGUGCAAAGUCUGGCUACAUGUUGCGACCGGAGAGUCCAAGGCGAAAUACGACGACGAGGGCGUGACGCGUCUGAAAAUUGAUGAAGAGAUGCUUGGAAGAAUCCGCGAACUUCUCUUUGAUGCGUUGUUGCUCGCUGUGGACAAGGACGUGCCCAUCACCUUUGACGGUUCACAAUUUAUCCCCCAGGAUGGUCAGCUGAUAGAUUCAGCUGCGGAUGUAGUCUUGGUGCAUGACACUGCGACUGUUAUUGCUCAGCAGGAAACCGCUGCCACGAAACGCACACCACAAGCUCCUGUAUCAUCUGGUCCAACGAACACUAGUAGCAAACAGCUCAACCGAGAGGCUCAACUUAGUCGAAUGGUCGACGAUCUCGUCGGACCUGACGAAGAUGAUGACCUCGUCCCUGCCGCGCUCGGACAAGAUUCUCUCGGCAUUACUGGCCACAACAAUAUCACUUCGCUCAGGGGCAUUUCGCCGUGUACUCUCCAGGGUGUUCGUACGCCCGACACGCGGACAGAAGCUUGGCAGCUACCCCUGAGCCCAACUGGACCUCCUGCGCAGCGAUUGUACUCGGUUUCCAAUAUAUGGAAUGACACACCAGCACGAGAAAUCAGUCCAAUCACCCCAUACGGGAGUGCACCUCCUGGUUUACCUGCCAGAACUUCGAAUGCCCACUCUCGUGUCAAUUCAACCAGCUCGGUUCGAAGUCCGCUUCAACAUCUAGAUGGAUUGUCCUCGUUCGAGCCAACACCCAAUCUCAACAAUAACGUUUCCCGUGGAGACCGGUAUCAUAGUUUCUCAGGACACUAUGCAGGCAUGCAAAGCCCUCUUCUCUUUGGAGCGGGCACGUCACCAUGGAGCACGGGACCUAGGAAAUCAGUUCCGAAUGUCACACCUCCUAACGGUCAAGGUGGCUGAAUUUCUAAGGGUGUCUUGACAAGGCUGAAAAACGCAGCAUCCUAUCGAUCCUGUUCGCAUCCAAGAGCCUCUGGCAUAAACUGACAAGCUGCGUUGGUCCCUAAGGAAAGGCAUGUGUCCGAGGAUACUUUGCUGUGAAGAACGAAGACUUACAGGAGUCCGGGCAUCUCCUUGAGUGCAAUCCUCACAUUAUCAGACUCACAUUA